AUGUUACCCUUUGUGAGGGUUAUCAUUAGGAAGAAUCCUCAGGCUGUCUCUGAAUACAUUGCAGACUAUAUUAUCUCCCGCAUCAAGGCCUUCUCUCCAUCGGCCGCCAGACCUUUUGUCCUUGGCCUGCCAACUGGCAGCAGUCCCGAGAUCGUAUAUGGGAUUCUAGCCCGGAGAUACAAAGCUGGUGAAAUAUCCUUUAAAAAUGUCAUCACUUUCAACAUGGAUGAAUAUGUUGGUCUCCCCCGAGACCACCCCCAGAGCUAUCACAGCUUCAUGUACAAACAUCUCUUCGCCCACGUCGACAUACAGCCAAAGAACAUCAACAUCCUAGAUGGCAACGCAUCAGAUCUGGCCAAGGAGUGCAAAGACUUCGAAGCAAAGAUCGCCAAAGCCGGAGGAAUCGACCUGUUCCUCGGAGGCGUCGGCCCAGACGGACACAUAGCUUUCAACGAGCCUGGGUCCAGUCUCAAUUCGCGCACCCGCGUCAAGACACUGGCAUAUGAUACCAUUUUAGCCAACUCGCGUUUCUUCGACAAUGACCUAUCCAAGGUUCCCAGGACUGCGCUCACAGUUGGCAUCAAGACUAUCAUGGAUGCUCGCGAGGUUGUCAUCGUCGUUACCGGCGUCCACAAAGCCAAGGCCCUUCAGAAGGGAAUCGAAGGCGGCGUCAACCAUAUGUGGACCUUGUCUGCUCUCCAGCUUCACCAGCACCCUCUGAUAGUCGCCGAUGAGGAUGCAACCCUUGAAUUGAAGGUCAAGACCGUCAAGGUACGUUCAGAUACCGAUACCUCCUGCAUCUCCUUCCAGCUAACGUUUUUUAUAUAG